AUGGAACAAAGAAGACGCCCGUCACAACUACUGAGGCUUGCAUUUUUGACAGUAAUACUGUUGUUUUGGAGAGAAGUCGCUGGCCAGAUUAGGUACUCUGUUUCUGAGGACCAGAAAGAUGGAACCAUUGUGGGAAAUAUUGCAAAAGAUUUGGGCAUCGAUUCUAAAACCUUAAAGGUUAGAGGAUUCCGUAUUGUGUCAACAUCAAGCGAAUCCCCGUUUAAGGUAAACCAGAAUGAUGGCGCUUUGUACGUGAAUGGGAAAUUAGACAGAGAACAGGUAUGCGAGAAAAGCAGUGUGUGUUUGAUCAACCUGAAAAUCGCACUCGAAAAUCCACUAGAGAUACACUACAUCGCAAUAGAGGUAGUUGACGUUAAUGAUCAUGCUCCGAGUUUCCCGGAGAGAGAGAAACGGUUAGAGAUAUGGGAGUCUGCUUUACCAGGAGCGCGUUAUCAGCUACAGGCUGCACGUGACCCUGAUGGUGGUUCUCAUUCUGUCCAACAGUACAAGUUGAGCAGCAACGAUUAUUUUCGAAUAGAAGUUAAGGAUCGCGGUGAAGACCGCAAAAUGCCAUUUCUUAUUCUACAAAAGCAGUUAGACAGAGAAGCUAUCAGCAAUCAUAAACUUCUCCUUACUGCAGUCGAUGGGGGUCAACCCCCCAAAUCGGGAACAAUGGAGAUAACCAUAGAUGUUCUAGAUGUAAACGAUAACAUGCCUAUUUUUUCUAAAGAGAUGUACUCAGUCAGGCUAAAUGAGAAUGUUCCAGUAGGUACGACAGUGAUUCAGGUGAACGCCACCGAUUUGGAUGACGGUUCAAAUGGAGAAGUCUUUUAUGCGUUUGGUAACGACGUUGACAGCAAGCUACUCGAAGUUUUUCACUUAGAUCCUACAACAGGUGUAAUAACUGUGAAAGGAGAGCUAGAUUUUGAGGAGCAAAACAAUUAUGAGAUAGAUAUUCGAGCUUCUGAUAGGGGACCCGUUCCUUUAACAGCAGACAAAAGCGUGAUUGUAAAUAUUGUUGACAUUAAUGACAAUGUGCCCGAGAUUGAAGUGACUUCAUUUUCAAGAGCAAUCCCGGAGGAUUCAAGACCUGGGACUACGGUUGCUCUUAUAAGUGUAAACGACAGGGAUUCAGGACUUAAUGGCAAAGUGUUCUGCUCAGUGGAAAACGACGUGAACUUUCAGCUCACUCCAUCUUUACAGGACAACAUUUACUCUCUAGUUACUAAAUCGUCUUUGGAUAGAGAGAAACGUUCUCAGCAUGACAUCACCCUAGUCGUCAAAGACGCAGGCCACCCGCCCCUUUUGUCUCAUAAGACUUUAACUGUCAUGAUAUCAGAUGUGAACGAUAACAGUCCGAGGUUUUCUCAUACCCCAUACAUGUUUUAUGUGACAGAAAACAAUUUCCCAGGUGAAUCUGUUUUCUCAGUAUCAGCUUCAGACCUUGAUUCGGGUGAAAACGCCAUUAUUAGCUAUCAGAUUUGGAGAGGCAGGGGCGAAGAAAAUGAAUAUGCCUCAUUCUUAAAUAUUAACCCUGAAAAUGGUAAGGUUUACGCGUUAAAACGCUUUGACUUUGAAACGAUCAAAUCAUUUAACUUUCUCGUAAUAGCCAGUGACUCCGGAAGUCCGUCACUAAGUAGCAACGUGACAGUGAACGUGUUUAUUCUGGAUGAGAACGAUAAUUCCCCGAUGAUCUUGUCUCCAGUCAGCACUAAUGGUUCUGCUGAAGGUGUGGAAGAGAUUCCCCGAAAUGUGAACGCAGGCCAUUUGGUGACUAAAAUCAGAGCCUAUGACGCCGAUGUAGGAUACAACGGCUGGUUAUUAUUUUCACUACAGGACAUUACUGACCACAGUCUCUUUGGUUUGGACCGCUAUACAGGACAGAUAAGGACUCUUCGGUCAUUCACAGAAACCGACGAGGCUGUGCACAAACUGGUUAUAGUGGUCAAAGACAACGGGAACGUUUCACUUUCAGCAACGGCAAGUGUGAUUAUCAAGGCUGUGGAGCCAAAGGAAGCUUAUGCGGCCUCCGAUGUUACAAACGUGAUAAAAAGUGAUGAAGAAAGCAACGUGACAUUUUAUUUGAUCAUUACCUUGGGCUCAGUUUCCGUGCUUUUUGUGAUCAGUAUCAUUGUGCUGAUUGUAAUGCAGUGCUCCAAACCCACAGACUAUUCCUCCAAGUACUUACAAGAUACAAAUUACGACGGGACACUGUGUCAUAGUAUCCAGUACAGAUCUGGAGACAAACGGUACAUGCUAGUUGGACCCAGAAUGAGUAUCGGUUCUACUAUAGUCCCGGGCAGCAAUGGAAAUACGCUAGUGGUAUCAGAUCACAGGCGAAAAGAUUCUGGAGAGGACCUGGGUUUGCAAACUCUGAGAGAAAUGAAACAUCUUGGCAUGGAAAGGUCAGGACUGUAG